CCGAUAACAGCAACACGUGCGGCUCCACAAAACAUAUGUUCACGCAUUGUGCUUAAUGGUAUUUUGUUGUUUAUAGUCGAGUAACUCUAAAAAUAAGAAUGGGCAAGCAAAAGAAGACCAAGAAAAUUCAAAAACAGAGAAACGCACAACUUAAGCGACUGAUGAAGCCAACUGACUCACGCAUCAAGGAAGAGCUACGCAAAAAACGCAAGAAACCCACUGAUCCGCAUUCAAUUAAUUUGCACAAUGCACCGCAACAGAGCUCGGCACUUUUCUUCCAGUAUAAUACACAAUUGGGACCACCUUACCACAUAAUUCUCGAUACGAACUUCAUUAACUUCAGCAUAAAAUCAAAACUUGAUAUAGUCCAGAGCAUGAUGGACUGUCUUUAUGCCAAGUGCAUACCCUAUAUAUCAGACUGUGUGCGUGCCGAACUCGAGAAGCUGGGUAAUAAAUACAAACUGGCGCUGCGCAUUAUUUCUGACCCUCGGUUCGAACGUUUGCCUUGCCUGCACAAAGGUGAAUAUGCCGACGACUGUAUUGUGGAGCGUGUUCGUCAGCAUAAGUGUUAUAUUGUAGCCACUAAUGAUAAAGAUUUGAAAAAUCGCAUACGCAAAAUACCAGGUGUGCCUAUCAUGUAUGUGGCAGCGCAUAAAUAUGCGAUUGAACGGAUGCCCGAAGCCUAUGGAGUAAAAUCAUGAAUAUACAAUAGAAUAAAACAUUAAAAACAAAGCGA